AUGCAGAGCCAUCAUCCUGUGCAGAUUCUGAUAGACGAGAACGAUAUGAGUAUGGAUCAAGUACAAGCGCUGAUGUUAGCUCUAACAUUCCACCAUCAAAUAUCGGACGCGCCAGUGUCUUUACCGGAACCGACUUAUCAAGCUGACGAGUGGGCUAAGCGAGGAAAAAAUUUAUGGAAUGCUUAUAUGCUCCGUCACAACCCAAUCACAAUGGAGUGCGCCGGAGAUUAUGCUACUCCUCCGAUAGACUUCGACGCAAUGACGGACAGACUUGCUUUCUGGAAAACAGAACUCGAGCAUCUC